AUGUGGUUCCUAUACCCUCCUAUCGAAUCAAAUCCCUCCAUGUCAGGGCCACACCGGCAUCAGUGCGAUAGAGGCAGCACCCAAUUCACUUCUGCCAAGCAUAUGGUGAAUGAGUCGCCACCAUCUAGAAGAAGUAUGCGAAACCUACAACAGCCUUUAAAUGAAGUCAUUGAAGAAUAACCCAGAGAUCUGAAUGUGAACUGUUUGGCUGGUUUCUCGAGCUCAGCAUGAGGCACCAAACAAAUAUCUUCUUCUCCUUCCUCUCCAUUAUUUGUCCCUUGAGCCUAUGCCAUGGAUUGGCGGUGCCCCAAAACAACAGUCCCAGAAAUGGGACAGUGCCAGUCCAUGUGGGCGUAGUUCUUGAUUUGGAAUCGUGGGCUGGAAAUAUGAGUAUGAGCUACAUUUCCAUGGCGGCUUCCGAUUUCUACACCGCCCAUAGUAAUUACACCACAAGGCUUGUUCUACAUGCCAGAGACUCGAAGAAUGACACCGUUGCAGCUGCAUCCGCAGCACUUGACUUGCUUAAAAAUGUAGAGGUGCAAGCAAUCAUCGGACCACAGAGGUCGGACCAAGCCGAGUUCAUAGUGGAUCUUGGAUGCAAAGCUCAUGUGCCCAUCCUUUCAUUCUCCGCUGUCAGCUCUUCUCUCUCUCCUAUCCGAACUCCAUAUUUCAUCCGGACUGCACAGAAUGACUCCUCACAAGUGAAAGCGAUUGCAGCCAUUAUUCGGUCCUUCAGAUGGAGGUCCGUCGUUCUUAUCUAUGAAGACACUGAUUAUGGAAAUGGACUCGUUCCAUAUCUCAUGGAUGCCGUCCAAGAGAUUGACGCACGGAUCUCUUAUAGGAGUGUGAUUUCUCAUUCGGCUCAAGACGAUCAAAUUACUGGAGAGCUUUACAAGUUGAUGACCAUGCAAACGAGAGUAUUCAUCGUCCAUAUGUCAUCUUUACUUGCGUCCCGCUUCUUUUUGAAGGUGAAUGAGAUUGGAAUGAUGAGUGAAGGUUUUACAUGGAUUAUAACGGAUGCUUUAACAAAUCUCCUCGAUUCCUUGAAUUCUAUUGUCAUCGAUUCAAUGCAAGGUGUAUUGGGUGUAAAACAUUAUGUGCCUAAAACGAAAGAGCUUGGUGAAUUCAUGGUCAGAUGGAGAAAGAAUUUCAGCCAAAUGAAUCCUGACAUUGAUAGAGAGGCGCUCGGGGUUUUUGGCAUUCGAGCAUAUGAUACUGUCUGGGCAUUAGCAAUGGCUGUGGAGAGUGUGGGGGCAGAGAAAUCCCGGUUUCAAAAGUCAAAAAUUCGAGAAAAUUUCACUGAAUUAGAGACUCUGGGAGUCUCUCAAACGGGUUUGAAACUUCUCAAUGCCAUCAAAAAGAUAGAAUUCAAAGGAUUGGGUGGUGAAUUUCAUCUAAUCAAUGGGGAGUUACCAUCCUCAGCCUUACAGAUAGUCAAUGUGAUUGGAAAAGGGGAGAAGAAGGUUGGGUUUUGGACUCCAAAGCAUGGGAUUUCGCAGGAAUUGAACAUGAAUCUUAAGAAAAUGCAUUCAACUUCUACGGUGGAUGUUGGUGCGAUCAUCUGGCCAGGAGAUACAUCAACGGUGCCAAAGGGAUGGGUGAUCCCGACAAGUGAAAAGAAGCUAAGAAUAGGUGUUCCUAUAAAAGAAAGGUUCUUCGAAUUCUUGAAGGUGGAGAAGGAUCCUCUCACAAAUACAACCCUUGUUAGUGGAUACUGCAUCGACGUAUUUAAAUCAGUAAUGAAUAAACUUCCAUAUGACGUCCCUUACGAGUUCAUUCCCUACCAAACGGCGAAUGGAAGGAGGGCUGGGAGCUACUCUGAUCUUAUUCACCAAGUAUAUCUUCAGGAAUUCGAUGGAAUGGUGGCGGAUACAACAAUCACUGCCAACCGAUCUCUAUACGUAGAUUUUACAUUGCCGUACACCGAAUCAGGCGUGACAAUGAUAGUUCCAAUAAAAGAUGAUGAGAGUAAAAAAGCAUGGAUUUUCUUGAGGCCUUUGACGCUAGAUCUUUGGCUGACAAGUGGGGCUUUCUUCAUCUUUACGGGCUUUGUGGUGUGGAUCCUUGAACAUCGAUUAAAUGAUGAGUUUAGGGGCCCACCUGCCCAGCAACUUGGCAUGAUCUUCUGGUUUUCCUUCUCUACUCUCGUCUUCUCACAUAGGGAGAAGCUGGUCAAUAACUUGUCCAGAUUUGUGGUGAUCAUAUGGGUGUUUGUGGUGCUGAUUCUUACUUCCAGUUACACGGCCAGCUUAACGUCAAUGCUGACGAUUCAACAGCUUCAGCCAACGGUCACUGAUAUCACUUACCUAAAAAAGAACGGGGACUACGUGGGCCAUCAAAAGGGGCCAUUCAUGACGGAGUUCAUCAAGCACUUUGACUUUGAUGAAUCCAAGCUCAAGCCCUACACGACUCCUGAAGAUUAUGCCGAAGCCUUGUCGAAAGGAAGCCGUAAUGGUGGCGUUUCAGCUAUUUUUGACGAGAUCCCUUACCUCAAGCUCUUCCUCGCAAAGUACUGCAAUAAGUACACCAUGGUCGGCCCAACCUACAAAACCGGAGGCUUUGGCUUUGUCUUCCCCAAAGGUUCUCCACUGGUCCCUGAUGUUUCGAGGGCGAUCUUGAAUGUAACAGAAGGCGAUACAAUGGCGGCAAUUGAGCGAAGAUGGUUUGGCCAUCAGACCACUUGUCCAGAUCAAUCAGCCGCCAUGGCUUCAAAAAGUCUUACACUUGCUAGCUUCCGUGGCCUCUUCCUCAUUGCUGGCAUUGCUUCCAUAUCUUCUCUCGUAAUCUUCUCAGUUUCCUUCCUUUACGAGCAGUGGCAUGUCUUGAUCCCAGACGAUUCUAACAGCUCCAUUUGGAAAAGACUCGUUGCUGUGGCCUGGUGUUUUGAUAAGAAAGAACUCUCUGCGCGUACCCUCAAUAAGAGUCACCAUAAUAAUGGACUAAUGAUGAGCACUAGUCCCGUUCAGGCAUCACCGGCUUCGCAGUGGCCGUUGAGCAUUUCCAACCAUACAAGUGGAAGAUUUGAUCAACAAGAAGAUGAAGAGAUCUCCUCCGUAGAUUUUGGCUUUCCAAAUCCCUGUAUACCAUCCUCGAUGGUGUAGACCGAUCGAUGUAAAUUGUCUAUCCUAGGUAAUCCAUGAUUAGACUCUAAUUAAAUUUCUUUUUUCUUUUUUCUUUCUUUU